UCCUGACACUGUAAUUCCUUUACACUGAGGACGAAAAUAAGACAACGAGAGAUAAAAUUAAUGUAAUGUUAGCGCAAUGUGUAUUUAAAUAAUCUGCGGAGAAAAUGAGUCUACCUCAACGCAAUACCAGGAAUAAAUAUAUAGACACAUGUCCAAACAUAAGAACGGCAGGUAAACUUAUACCGCUUGGAGACAGAGCUAAGACAUGUUUAGAGGAAACAUCAAGGCCUAUCACACCACCCAUGGUUAAGAAAUUCAUCAACUAUAAGCGUCCAGCCAUCGGGGAAAUCCGUGUGUUUUAUGGCAAAGCCGACGACCCUGACAUCGCUAGCACUCUGCUCCAUGGCAGGAAGACCGAGUCGUCUACAACUGCAGGGUCAGUGAUCAACCCCAAACCAAAGACCCUCUAUCAGCAUAAGCUGCUUCAGCUACAGGAAGCUCUCUACUCCACCAAAAAGACAGCUCCACUUGGGAAGUCACAUGACCAGCGUCCUGGAUUGCCAAAUGGGUUGGAUGUGGCCAGAACAACGUUCGGGGUACAAUAUAUGCAUUUUUCCCUCCAUGUCUGUGCAGGUGUGACUGCAAGUGAGAUAGUCAAUCCAUCAAAAAAUGCAGAGCAGGUGGAGAGAGAGAAGCAGGAAGGACAUCAAUUAUACAUCAAGUCUCACAAUGACUACUUUGUGGGUGAACGUAUCAAUAGGAAAUACAACUGGAACCAAUACGUGAGGGAUAGCAGAUUUGGAAUUUCAACCCCUCACUACAAUGAUGGACGGGCGGUCAGCAAGUGUCUCAACCAGGUGGAAAACCUGCUGAAACAGAAAGUUGGGAUAUUGAUUUCCAAGCGGUGUGAUGACUUCAAAGAGAGAACGCAGCCACAGAUUGGCAAAGUGCAUGACCCAAUUGCAGACACCAUGAAUGUUCCAGCAGAUCACACAUUUGGAAUUGUUAUGCGUAACGGAGACUUUGGGGUAGGUGAUCUCCUGUACUCAAACCUUCUCGAGCAGUCCCUGAAAGUGACAGAGAGACAGCGCACUCUGGCCAGUGCUGUUCAGCUCCAUUUGAAGAAGGCCAACUUCUCCAAUUUCACUUCCCUGCUGCAGGCCUUCAGGUAUUAUGACAAGAAAGGACAGGGGUGGAUUGACAAGGAGGACCUGCUAGAUGUUUGUCAACAAUAUAAUCUGAACGUCAGUGUCCCGGUCCUGGACAGCCUGAUGGAGCUCUGUGAUAUCGAUAAGAAUGGACGGAUUAACUUUCUUGAGUUUUCCAACUUCCUCAACUGGAAGGGCAGGAUGCCUAUAAACACAUUGGAGGAACAAAUUCUCACCGGAGUGUAUAAGCCCAGCACUGCCCCCACACAAGUGCAGAGAGACAAAAUCCAGGACUCUGAUACUGCAAGCCAAACAGCGCUGUCAGAGGCCCUGAUCAGGCCUGAAGAUCUCGAGCCAUUUGAGGUGGGCAGUGCGUUGAAGACUCCCAAAACCCUGACCCGACCCAGAACAGUCCCAGACCACAUUGUGACAUCGUCCUCUCUGAUCAGAGCCAGUGUAGGCGACGCUUCCACUGCCAAUUUCCGCACAUAUGGGAUCCCCACGGUGCGCACAGACUUGGUGGCCCCACGCCUCAAGCGCACAGGUGACAGGACGAACUACGGUGACGAGUCAACAGCGGAUGGUCUGCUGCGCCCCACGGUGUACUCCCUGAGGGGGGUCCAUGAGCAACAGCUCUUAAGCUCCCGUCCCAAAGAGGAGAUUGCAAGGAUAUUUCGUAAUGUGGGUGUGGACAUUUCUGAGGACACGUUUGAGGAGGUGUGGAAGUUGGCAUCUCUGAGACACCCCAGGGGGGUUGUGUGUGUGGACAGCUUCUGGAAUGCGCUGAAGGAAAUAGACUAAUUAAAUUUCAUUCUUGUCUAUUCUGUGACAUGUGCAAAUCUCUA